AUGUGGGGUGAAGGUGGGUCAAGAAUGUACGGAUGUGCUUUCCAACAUGAAGAAAAUGAAGCGUUAUAUGGAAGUGCUUGUAACGGACAAUCACGCCAUAUUUAUCCAGGAGCACAGAAGCGCGUCGCACAAACAGAUGAUAGUUUGAAUGAUUAUGAUGAGCCAAGACAUGAGAAUGAUGCAGGGUAUUUUGCAUACGGUGAGACUGCUGAUUUGACAGAUGAAAAUGCUGGCCCAAAUGAAGGUUUGGAUUUUGCAGACGAGUAUCAUUCUGUGCAUCGUCCAUACUCUCGCCGAACUUAUAAGCGCCCGCUUAGCAACAUGCGAAGUGAUAGACCACCGCCACCUGCUUUUUACCGGCAUCGGAUGCCUUAUAUUUAUGACUACAUGUAUGAUGACGAAGACAAUGAAUGGAUGACUGAAGACGAAGAGGAAGAUGUUGUCCACGGACAUCCUCUACAAUAUUUUCCUGUGGAGGUUCCGGUUGUACGCCAACGACGACGCUUUGAUAGUACAAACGCAGAAUUAUGGAGCAGUCCUGCUGGACGUGGAUCCCAACAAAUGUACAAACGACGUCGUAUUUUACGAGAAGGACUAUCACAUAACAGCAGAAAGAUGUCUGACGACCUAGCGUAUGAGACGCGUAAUCGUGUGCACAUGUCUCCGUCGCCUUCCAAUAUUCACACGGCCCUGGUUGGUCAGGUUGAUGAAGUUGUAGAUAAUGCUGACACCGAUUCUUUUUCAGGCCACACGGGCAAUUUUGCAGGAAAUCGUGCUGAAGGGGGAUUAACGCCGUCGAGUCCAAAUGUGGCUCAUACUAGCAAUGCUGGUCUGGAUUUUGAUCACACAGAUAGUAUUGCGAACGAAGUUCCAUUGCAACUUGAUGUUGAAGUGUCUGCCAGUUCUAACGUGAACAAGGAUGCAGAAGAUUUAGUAAGAGAAACGCUGUCAGAGCUACAAGAUGCAAGCGCAGGGGAUGAUAAACCUCAAUCUCCAAACGAUAACGCUUCUACCGACGAUCAUAUCGUCGAUCACGCUUCACAAAGUGAGGUGGUUUUGACGGGCCCGAAUGGAUUAACUGGAGAAACGACUGCGCAGAUAUCAUCACAAAGGUCGAUUACAUUAACAAAUUCACCGACAAGGGAAGCAUUUGAAAGCUGUAAUGAGAGUUUUUUGUCGUCUAUUGUGAAGGAUGCCGACUACAGUAUGCACAGUACUGCAGGAAAUGCUAUGGAGGUAUCUGCACGAAGCAUUGAGGAUACGCAAGCAGUUUCUGAUGCUGCUGAAGUUUCAUAUGAAAAGGUGAUACCUUGUAAGGUAUCAGUAGUUCCAGAAUCUGAGGCGCUGCACGACUGCAGUUUGAACGAAGAAAGGCUUACUAAACUGGUUGUUAGUAACGUCGCCACUGAUACGAUUCGUAUAAAUAAUCAUGCCGUUGCAUCGUUAGAGCGACUGAAUAAUGUGGAGGCUGACUUUAUGAUUGCAAAGACAUCGCUUUUGGCACAGAAAGACAAGUUGCGUCAAGUAGAAAUGAGCCGUAAAAGUUGCCGAAGACUGCAAAUUUUAUGCGGCGUUGUUUAUGAUCUACAGUGUCACAUUGGUUCGCAUUCAUGCGGUUUGGAUGCAUCUCGCAAACACGAUUUAAUGGGCAAGCUUGACAGCUGCCUUGAAACUAUAUCGAUACAAAAUGAGCAGACACUGCAAGAAAAAGCCGAUGCGUUGCAGGCUGGCUUAGAGCAUGUUUUUGCUGUGGACAGACCUGUUGUCGAUGAUCGAGCUAUCGAAAGCACGGUAGAAGCUGUCAAGGCUAACGAUAUUAUCUCGACCAGCAAUAAUCAGUCACCGAUCCACAUUGAUGUGUGCCAUGACAAACUUAAUGUUGCAAAUGACGCAGUGUGGGAGGAUGAUGACUGGUUUGAAGAAGCAGCAUUAGUUGACUUGGCAAGUGAAUCCGACGAACAAGAGACUUUUGCAGCGCAGAUUUCUUCUGAAAAGAGUACUCUGAAGUUUGACGCCGUCACGAUGGAAGAAGUCGGGUCGCUUCGUUGGCCUCGCGAGCUGCCGCCGUUUGUUUGGUCCCUACUAGAGCGCGUGAUUUCUUUUGGCCCACAAACGUACGUUAUGAGAGCAACGCUAAAGCGAUUGCUGGAUGAAAUUGCAAAGAUGGACCCUUACUAUUACUUGCACCCGACGAAUGUGUCUAAGGAUGUUGAUGUUUCGUCGCCGUUGCACUCGUCCCCCCUGCCAGGCUGUGAUUUCGGAUGCCGGGGCGCGUCAGCGUUGAAGUGGGAGCGGAAACUUGUGUCACAGAUCAGCUCGCGGAUGAAGUCUUUUGACAAUGUGGCGUAUUCGUUGGCUCGUACAAGCAGUGGAGGCAAAGAAGUCCUCAAUCGCAAGAAGAUGAACUCAAUUAUCCGCAAAUUGCAUCUUGUUGCGAUGCAGCUGCACUCGCUGGUGUCACAUUUGUAUUGCGUAAAGGGUCACGCGACUUGCAAAGAGGUUGAAUCGCUUCCAAUUGCGUUGAAUAAUUCCCAUUUCGAGCGAAAGAUGGUUGUAUACAAGUCAAUGUUAAAGCUUGUGGUUCCACACAAAUAUCAGCAACAGACUUCGCAGGAGCAACACAGUUCAAACGAACCAGCUGAAGAGCUUCUACGGGACACGUACGAGUUCUUUCCCGAGCUGCUUCUCUGCAUUGAUAUUUGGGGAUACAAUUAUCGAGAAAGCCUGGUCAAACGGCACAACAGCAAAAGUUUAGUCGGUGAUGAUCUUGCUGGUUUGGGAGCAAUCUCGGAAGCUGCACUGUUUCCACUCCGUUAUUUUCGCAGUGUGGAAUGUCUGUCGUUUGAUUUUGAAUAUGACAGCAAUGGUCUUCUUCAUUGCAUCUGUGACGAAUUGCUUAAUAUCGUGUGUUUGUGGAAUGAUUUCAAGUGGACUGACGAGCUCGAGGCUGUGGCAUUAGAUCGGGUAAUGUCUUUUGAGUCGAAUGUGACCGCUAGUAUAGUCAAGAUUCUUGAUUUUCAUGCCCAACAUUUGCAGGCGUUAUGGUCAGUGCGCCUGCUGGAUAAACCUGAGCAGCUUCGAAGUAUUCAUUUUACGGAGUUUAAUGCGUAUUAUAGCGAUCGAAGUGAAGGGAGCUUGAGUACAACUGUUUGCUCUCAGUCACGAACGCCAGGGGUGUCAGAGAGUCGUGGAAUUGGUUGUAAUUACGAGUCUAGAUGUGGUGGUCAUGAUGUGGCAGCCGAAAUGGUCGAGCAGCGUCUUGCUGAGGAGUAUUGGAACCGUAAAGUCACCUCGCUAUCGAUACUCAACCAAGGCGAUGAUGCAAUGGAAGUGGAUAUUGCCUCAAAACCUCAAUUACUGAGUAUUGAGGCCAUCUGCUCCUGGGACCAACAAACUUUGGUAUCAUAUCUACUUCGGUGGAGCGAUGUGUAUGUUAUUCGUGCUGAAGUGAACGCACUGUCAGCUGUGACAAACCAUAUGAUGAAGCAGGAGGUCCAGAAGUUUAGGUUUGAGGAUAAUGAUGACAACAAGACGACGGUUGACUCGUCGACAAGGCAGCUUCUUGCAGCUGUGAAUCGUGCGCAGAUCCUAAUUCGAGACGCUCUUACUGGUUCAGAGAAACUUGCUUUGCACUCUGCAUCAAACCAGCUUCCCGAUGAGAAAAAACACGUGACACCAGCAGAGCUUGAAGUAGGUAAACCAGGCAGAUCAGAAAAUGAAACAAUCACUUCUAGCAUGGAAGCUGCACCAUCUUGCCAGACGUCAGCGAGCGUGAAUGAUGCAAAUGCUUGCUCAGACGAUGCAACCUCGGAGCCUAUGUUCCAUGUUGAAGCCAUUGCGUCGAAAGAUGCAGACACCUGCGACGUUAUUGAAGACGUAAAUAUUGACACUGGUAUAACUGCAGAACAACCUGAGCUAAAGGAUUUGAUUCAGUUAUUGGCAGUCACGAAACAGGACGUGCAGGAGCUUUGCCGCCAUAGACCACGGUCUGCUCGCAUGCGCGAGAAAGUUCAGAUGCAAUCACUGCAGCUUGCGCGGCAAACGGCUGAAAUUUUCCGGAACAUCAGAAACAUGUAUGCGUCCGAGCGGCGAUGA